AGCUGCCCUAAAGGAGGGAAGCUGCAGGGGGUGUAAGGGGGCGCUCAGAUUCUCGGUCUGGUGUGCCGCGAGUUCAGACGUUUUGAAAAGAAAUCGUAUGCAUGCACUCCAGGGCGUUGUAUUUUUCACUUUAUCGGAUCCCAGGCACGCCGCUCCCAGCUAACACGCCACACACGCUUUCGUGAGCUGUUUUUAGGGUGCGUGUGACAUUUAAUCUAAGCAUUCAGGAAGGCUUCUUAUAAAAGCUGAUCUACGUACGUUGAGAUAAAACGCCACAACCUCAUAUUUUUCCUAACCCUACUGUGGGAUUCCUGGUCCUCCCGUCCCGAGGCGGCCGCGGCAGCGCGGACCGGCCGGGACAUAGAGUGUCUGCCUAGCCAGAGCGUUUCAAGAGGAAAGUAGUAGUUGAAUCCUAGGUAAUUCUCUAACCUCGUAUUGGCCUUUUGAUUUUCCUCUCAUCCCUCCAGCCCUGGAGAAGGGGACAGAAGGCAAAUUCCCCUGGGGUUUAAACGCUUGGAUUCUUGAGACAUGGCAACAGAGAAAAGAGUUGCCUUUGUAGGAAGAAGGGGGGAAAAAGGUGUUUGUUGGAGGGAGCGCUGGCUCUGUCUUUCUACCUGUUAGGAGGGAACAAAAGAGGACUGGCGUUUCCCAGGGCGAAACAGACAGCCACUUUCUCUGUUAAACAAACUGCAGUCCUGAGCAGAACAAGAAAAUUACUCACGCAGGGGGGAGCGAGGGAGCAGAGAGAAACAGAACCCAGAUUAUGCGGAAGGCAUCUUAAUUUAAUUAACUCCUUGGGAAGGCAGAGGCGCAGCGAAGGGGCAGGAACUUCGAAGCUGUUUCUCUCUGUUCACCUGAUCUAGUCUGUCCAUUUUAAUUUAAUUUUUUAAAAAAUGACCUCCUUAGAUCCAAUUGGAGUCUAGCUCUCUGAUUUUGUAAACAUCUGUUGUGGCUUGAGCUGAAGUUCAGUGAGCCUGUGGAUCCAUCAGUCAUUUCUCUCAGACUCCAACACACAGGUUUUAGCAGAUGACCUCUGACCGUAUAUUAUUUUUAGAUAAUUCGGUGUAAUAACACAUUACCAAACAGCGAGACUUCUUAUCAAAUUACCACUACCUUUCUGUCGCCAGUGUUUUGAAAGCUUCACUGAACUGAAAUUAGUAUGUACACCUCUCACUUGUUGACAGCCAGUGAACUAAAUUUUACAAAACUUCUGACCAUGUCUGGAAAUUCCUGUGAAGAAGACUGAUGAAAGGAAACUAGUCUAAGUUCCACCAAAAUAUUUAUGUCUUUUCAUUGGUUUAGGUUUCUUUCCUUGCAAAAUUAAAAGUAACCAAUGGUCCAAAACGGGAUGGUGGAGAAGUGACAGCAGAUGAAGACUGUUAUUGCCUGAAACAGAGUGUGAGAACUACAUGCUCAGCUCUAGACAAAACGAAAGUACUUUAAAGCUCUGCAUUGACUUAAAAUAUCUUUGACAUAUAUUUCCAGCUAGUCAGCAGGAGAGUGGAAAUGUAAACUCCCUAAUUAUUCAUGGCAAAAAAAAAAAAAGGUUGGUGGACAUUUAAGGUUGUUCUGUUUGUGAAGAGUUUGCUCUUCUAUAAAGACACUACUUGUCCUGCAGAUUAAAAUGAAUAAUACUAUGAAAUAGCACUUUUGUCCCACCAUGAAGCUGAAGUCUAAUAGAGGCCUUAAUCUUUGUGUUAUAAACUAUUUGAUGAAAAGGGAAGGAAGAUGGCAUUCAAGUUUCUGCUGGGAGAAUUAACAUGUAACCUCUAUGGCAGAGUUCACUUUGUACACUUGGAAUCAAAAUCACAAGUCAUGAUAGUCCUUCAACCGACAACCACCACACACACUCACACACAGGCACCUACAUACACGUACAUACACACAUACACGGGGAAUGUGGUGGGAAUUGCACUUUGCCUCCUGUAUUUACUUCUAAGAAAUCUAGUCUGGGAAAACACCCAAAUAAUAAUUUUGGUUUCCUCUCCAUGGGGGAAGUGGCUUUUUAACACUCGGAGAAAAAAAAUAAUGAUUUGAAUCUCUAGAAAAAUCCUCCUUAUGCAGAAAGAAGGAAAUAAAGGUGAAUUUAUUAUGUUUCAUGGAGAGGAAAUAAUUGGAUAGAUUCUAUCAGGGAUGUUAUUAGUAGAAUCCUCUUUUCCUGCCUCUCUAGGAGAGGGUUUGAGGGUUGCCCCUGAACAAAAAUGAAUUGUGAUUUGUGGUGGGAAAUUGUAUUACUAAUGGAGGUUUACAGUUUCGGUUGAAUGGUCUGACUGAGACCCUCUGACUGUUACACACCUCUCAUUAACUCCCAGCCUCAAUUCCCACACCGCAUACCACCAGGCAGAAGCGGUUCAUUAAUAAAUCCCUGUCUCCGAGCCGGUCCAAACAGAGGAGGAGGGAGGGAAGGUGUGGGCCUCACGGAGGCAGCCAGAUUCUGCCUUGGCAGAGCGCUGUGUCAUUAGCGCAGCCCCCUAAGCCUGCGCUCCGAUAGAGCCAUAGGCAGCACUUCACAACACACUAGAGAAGAAAGUUUCAGGCCCAGAAAGGGCUGGUGUAGAGGGAUGUCUAGACAAACUCUCCCCCCUUCCUGCUGGGUUCAGAAGCCAGGCGUAACUGUUGAUGGCUCCGAUAGGCCUGCCUGCCCCUCUCCCGGGAAAGCGCUUAGCUGCGAGUCCCGCACCUGGGGAGCCAUGUUCGGAGGCCAGGCCCAGGCCCGCCAAGCUGGCAGAACUCGCUGCCCAGAAGGGGCUGGCAGUGGGCGAAGGUGGGCCUACCCUGAAAGCAGGGUUUUCUCUGCGUGCUGUGCUGUUGUCCUUCUGGGUUUUCACCGGAGCCCCACGCCCGCCGCUUCUGAAUCCUGGAAAAGAGAGGUGGCUACCUCCGGCCCCCAACACCCCGGAAAAUGGGGAGCAAGGCCCUGCCGGCGCCCAUCCCGCUCCACCCAUCGCUGCAGCUCACCAAUUACUCCUUCCUGCAGGCCGUGAACACCUUCCCCGCUGCGGUGGACCACCUGCAGGGCCUGUACGGUCUCAGCGCCGUGCAGACCAUGCACAUGAACCACUGGACCCUGGGGUACCCCAACAUGCACGAGAUCACCCGCUCCACCAUCACCGAGAUGGCGGCGGCGCAGGGCCUCGUGGACGCGCGCUUCCCCUUCCCGGCUCUGCCCUUUACCACCCACCUCUUCCACCCCAAGCAGGGAGCCAUUGCCCACGUCCUCCCAGCUCUGCACAAAGACCGGCCUCGGUUUGACUUCGCCAACUUGGCUGUGGCCGCUACGCAAGAGGACCCCCCUAAGAUAGGAGACCUGACCAAGCUGAGCCCGGGGCUGGGUAGCCCCAUCUCGGGCCUCAGUAAAUUGACUCCGGACAGAAAGCCCUCCCGAGGGAGGUUGCCCUCCAAAACGAAAAAAGAGUUUAUCUGCAAGUUUUGCGGCAGACACUUUACCAAAUCCUACAAUUUGCUCAUCCACGAGAGGACCCACACGGAUGAGAGGCCAUACACGUGUGACAUAUGCCAUAAGGCUUUCCGGAGGCAAGAUCAUUUGCGGGAUCACAGGUAUAUCCAUUCCAAAGAAAAACCCUUCAAAUGUCAGGAGUGUGGGAAAGGAUUUUGUCAGUCUAGAACUCUAGCAGUUCACAAAACUUUACAUAUGCAGGAAUCUCCACACAAAUGUCCCACAUGUGGAAGAACCUUUAAUCAGAGAAGUAAUCUGAAAACUCACCUUCUCACCCAUACAGACAUCAAGCCCUACAGCUGCGAGCAGUGCGGCAAAGUGUUCAGGCGAAACUGUGAUCUGCGGCGGCACAGCCUGACUCACACCCCGCGGCAGGACUUCUAGAGAAGCCCCGGAUCUGUCCCGGGCCGCCGCCGCCGCCGCCGCCGCCGCUCCCCUCCCCAGACACCUCUCCUCCUCGCCUCCCACCCCCAACCCUUCACUGACCCCAGCUCUUCCCUGGCUGCAGCCACACCUGCAGCUCCGGGGGCUUAACUCAUCUUCCCGAGGACUGAGAACUCUAGGAAGCCACACAAGUACAUCCUUUCACAAAGAACAUAUGCUAGUUUCUUGUAGAUAUUCACAGCUCAUUUUAGAGCUCUGUACAUAAUGUCGUGGGUCUCUGUUUCGUUCUGUUUCGUCCGUUUUUUGUAUCUUGUUGGAUGCACCUAGAUAUGGAAAAUGGAAGUCAAAUUUUUCUUCGAAGACUGUAUUUUCAAAAUAAAACGUUUUCUUGUUUGUUUCAACUCCUGCAC